ACACGGAGCUGAUGUUGAACAUUCGCUUCAACCAUCUGAAUUCGUUUAGGAUGAAUCGACUCUUGGAUAUUCCAUCUCUACAGAAGAUACUUGGUUUAAAUUGACACAGAUGUAGUUCCUGUUCAUCAGCUGAAGGAAAAGUUUCUCCGUUUCGAUGAACUUUUUCUGUUCGUUUCCAACCGUGCAGGUGUUCACUGCGCAUGCGUGAAUAAACUCCUCGUCCCGCAGAGAGAACCCUCUGGAAGUUAAACCCGUCAAACAUUCAUUUUACUCUUUAUUUCUUAACGUCCGCGCGCGUGUUGACAUUUGUCCGCCAGGACUUCAGCCGCGUGUCCCUGCGCACGCGGACUCGUAUCACUGCUGCUCUCUGCUGGGCGCGUGCAGAGGCGCGAAGCACUUUGUGGGGCGGACAGGCGCGCGCCGCGGAACCGGAGCCGCAGGUGGGUUCGGCGGUCGUGUGUCCGGACCGGUCCGGUAGUUCUGCUCGGUCACAGACGGAGUUCGUGUGCUUUUCUGCUCCCAGGAACGUUCACGGCGACAGAUGACGUCAGGCACGAGGCCGCGGAGCAUGCUCCGUGAAGCGUCUCAUCAGAUCAUCGCAGGCGGAUCCGCAGGUAGGUUCCGGUUUGAUCCAGAUCCCGCUCCGAACGGUCCCGGUGCAAACCUUCUCGCGGCAGAUUAACGGGGAAAACUCCAAUAUUGUUUUUGGAUCGGUCUCGCGCAUGCGUACAUGAGCAGACUUGGAUUGGACCGCCCCCUCCCCUAAAAGAUGGAAUGAACCAGAUGGUUCGUGGCGGGAACUAGUGCGCAUGCGCAAACCUGCUGGACUGUAGCUUUUUUCUACUUAUUUAAUGUUGGACUGAGAGUUUUUUUUCUUUUUUAAUUUUUAUUUAUGUUACUUUUUGCUGGACUGGAGCUCGUGGACCAGGUGAACGCAGCGCGCGGGACAAACAUCCGGUCUGGUGGAGAUCUGCCUGAUGCAUCCGCUGGACGUGGUCAAAACAAGGUUUCAGAUCCAGCGAGGAGCCGGCGACCCCGGCAGCUACCGGAGCCUCUCCGACUGCUUCCGGACCGUUCUGCGGACAGAAGGAUUGUUUGGCUUCUACAAGGGAAUCCUGCCCCCGAUUUUGGCUGAGACUCCAAAGCGAGCAGUCAAGUUCUUCACCUUCGAGCAGUACAAGAAGCUGCUGGCUCUGACCCCGCUGUCUCCGGGUUUGGCGCUGUCUGCAGCGGGGCUGGGCUCAGGUUUAACGGAGGCUGUGGUGGUCAACCCGUUUGAAGUGGUGAAAGUCAGUCUCCAGGCCAACAGGGACUCCUUCACAGAGCAACCGUCUGCCUUCGCACAAGCACGCCGCAUCGCCCGGUCGGACGGGCUGGGGCUGAAGGGCCUGAAUAAAGGGUUAACCUCCACGCUGGGGCGCCACGGCGUUUUCAACAUGAUCUACUUCGGCUUCUACUUCAACGUGAAGGACGCCGUUCCUCCCAGCCCGGACCCCACGCUGGAGUUCCUGAGGAAGUUCGCCAUCGGCCUCCUGGCGGGAACCAUCUCCUCCUGCGUCAACAUUCCCUUCGACGUGGCCAAGAGCCGCAUCCAAGGCCCCCAGCCCCAGCCGGGCCAGAUCAAGUACCGCACCUGCCUCCAGACCAUGGCCCUGGUGCACCGCGAGGAGGGGUUCCUGGCGCUCUACAAAGGCCUCGUUCCCAAGAUAAUGAGACUCGGACCAGCCAGCAGGUGCCGGUGGAGGUACAUCGGCCACACCUGCCAGGUGAGCAGAAGGACUGGACGGGGAAGGUCCAGCAGGACGUGUCACCGGCGUCUGCUGCAGGGAACAACCACACCGAUCGGGCUCCUGAAGCGGUCUUCAGACCCCCCUCCCUGCAGGAUCGGCCAUAAUCUUCUCCAGCCUGUUCACACCGCUUCAGUUUCAGCUCAGGACGAACCGGUUUCAGCGGAGCUGUGAUGCUGCUGGUGUACGAGUACGUGUCCGGAUGGCUGCAGAGACAUUGGUAACACUGAGGGGGGGUCACAGGUCAGCCUCAUGGACGACCGGAGCGGCUCACCGCUUUUUCUAAUAAAAGGAAGUCUGAAAACA